GAACUUUGUUACCUGAUGUUGUAAUUUUGUCAAGCACAGGGACGCCCUUGGGCUCUAAUUCCUAAUUCCAACGGUGUGCAUUGCUCAUUGGGCUGUCCUGGUUGCCUACCUGCCAGCCAUACUCUGGUGGCACAACAUGUCAACAAACGCUAUACCAUCCAAGUUGUCAAAAGUUACGAUUCCCGGAGCUAGCCUGUCUACCACGCUGUACUCUGUGACGGCAGGUGGAGCGCCGUGCGAUGGCUUGUUGUUUGGGAACACUAUCUCCACGACAACGCACCAGCUGCAAGAUGAUGAUGAUGCUGCCACCAUGACCGAAUCCCGGGCUGCCAUCUGCUCCACGCUGUGCUGCGCCACCACUUGCAGCUUCUACGAUGGGGGGGGAGAUAUAGCGGAAUCCAAGCUCCAAGCGCUGCUAAAAGACCGACCAGGGCCGCUGCUCGGUUGGCUGUCCUACAGACCCGCCGUUGCUGAUUGCGGUGGUGGCAGCAGCAGUAGCGGCGGCAGCAGCACCUCGGUACCCUUGCGGCCCUCCAUGCGGGAAAGCGCUGUGACGCAGGCGCUGCUACAGCGGCAGCUGCAGCUUGCCAGCAACAACAGGGACGCCAGCAGCAGCAGCAGUACGGCAAGCGGCCGGCAUGCGUACGGCGGCGGACAGGGGCAGCAUGGAGGCGCAGGCGCGCAGGAGCAGCAGGGGCGGCCCAUGCAGGCAGUGUUGCUGCUGCUGGUCACCACAGGGAGGGACCAUAACGGGGCGACGGUGACGUGGCAAUUCAGGUGCUUCCAGGCCCGACAGGCAGUUGCCUCCGGUGAGCUCCUUCUAGAGCCCCUGGAGCUGCAAACACUCAACCUGGGCGGACACACCGGCCUAGCGGACUACCAGAAGUUCAACACCACCACCGCCUACCCCUUGUCCUCCGGGCUGCUAUCAUCGGCAACCUCACCAGCCGGGCUGGCGUCGGCGGGGUUGACCGGGGCUGCAGCGAUGGCAGCCGCAGCGGCUGCGCCGCCGAUGGGUUCGCUGGCGGCUGGCGCUCGGGCGCAGGCGGCAGCAGUACGGCAGCAUUGCGAGUCUCUUGUUGAGAGGUUGGGAGAGGUGUGUGCACAGGCACAGGUAGGGGAAGAGGAGGUUGCAGCGCUGAGGCAGCGCAGGGACGCCUUGCUGGCUCAGCUGGCACGUCGCGGGUGGUAGCGUGGAGCUUGCCAGCGAGCUAGGUGUUGUGUUGUGCCUUGGGUGGUUUGCAUGCAACGGUGUCAUCGCUCGGCAUGUUCGCGUUUACAGUAUUUGGAGUGUCUCGAGGUAAUGGUGAUUUCAUAGUAAGCAUGGAGGGGCAUAACGGGAUGUAAAAUACAUGGUUUGCAAGGCGAAUACGCAGCGUGCCAGCAGCAGGGGUGAGCUGGGUGGUCGUACACAGCUGGACUGGGGGGCCCUGCUGGGACUGGGGGGAUGUGCAGGGCUCCCGUGGGGUUGCUUCCUAAUAAUCUGGGUGGGGCCUCACCUCAGCAGGUCUUGGCCAAGCGGCCAACAUACCUAAUCAAACCUAUCCUGGAUAAGCCCCCGAAUGCGAGC